AUGGGCCUUUUCCUCGCCGUCGCGGCCGUGCUGCUCGGUCUGCGCAUCUUGUGGAGUAUCCUCACGUCGCUGCGUCAUGCUCAGAAUGCUCGCCAAAGACAAUGUGGCCCCGUCCCCAAGUACCCCAGCGACUGGCUGGGGAUUAGCACGUUACGAGAAGUGAUGCGAGCCGACCAUGCGAAGAUGGUACCGCCGACAUUCCGUGGUCGCUUCGAAACGAUGCGCAAGCAAGAGAACCGACUUGUCACUACGUUCGAGCAGGUGCAACUGGGUCGCAAGAGUAUUGUGACCUUCGACCCCAAGAACGUCCAGGCCGUCCUGGCGACGCAGUUUAAGGACUUCGAGCUAGGAGAGCCCAGACGGAAUGCACUGCACUCGCUGCUGGGAUCCGGAAUUUUCACAGCCGACGGCGAAGCCUGGUCUCGUUCGCGCGGCCUCCUGCGCCCCCAGUUCACUCGGGAUCAGAUCAGCGAUCUCGAUCUGGAGGAACGCCACGUCCAAGCCGCCAUGCGGGCCAUUCCCGUCGACCAGUCGACCGGCUGGUCCCCCGCCACCGACAUUCAAUCCAUCUUCUUUCGGCUGACGAUUGACUCGGCGACGGAGUUCUUGUUCGGCGAGAGCGUCGACAGCCAGACUGCCGUGGUGAACGGCGACGUUAGCGAUGACAAGUUCCCUUACUACUUCGACCGCGGCCAGUGGUACGCGGCGCAGCGUGGCCGGUUGGAACACUUCUACUGGAUGGCCAACAACAAGGAAAGCCGCUUCAUGGACUCUCAGGUGCGCUCCUACGUGGACCGCUUCGUGGCCAACGCCCUCGAGCGGCGCCAGAACGGCGACAUGGAGAAGUCCGCCACGGAUUCGCAGCAACCCUACAACUUCCUGAACGGACUCGCGACCAUUACCCAAGACCCCGUCGAACUGCGCUCGCAGCUGCUGAACAUCCUGCUGGCCGGUCGCGACACCACCGCCUCCCUGCUCAGCUGGUGCAUCCUGCUCCUGGCGCGUCACCCGGACAUCUUCCAGAAGCUGCGCGCCACCGUCCUCGAGACCUUCGGCACGUACGACGCCCCGCACGACAUCACCUUCGGCUCGCUCAAGUCCUGCCGCUACCUGCACCAGGUCAUCAACGAGGUGCUGCGUCUGUACCCCAUCGUUCCCGGCAACCGGCGCGUGGCCACCCGCGACACGACGCUGCCCCGCGGCGGCGGCCCCGACGGCGAGUCGCCCGUCUACGUGCGCAAGGGCCAGUCGGUGAAUUACCACGUGUUUGCGAUGCAACGUCGCACGGAUCUCUGGGGCCCCAACGCCGACGGCUUCGACCCGGAGCGCUGGGUCGACCGCAAGGUGAACUGGGACUAUCUGCCCUUCAACGGCGGGCCGCGCAUCUGCAUCGGGCAGCAGUUCGCGCUGACGGAGACCGGCUACGUGCUGGUGCGAUUGCUGCAGCGCUUCGAUCGCAUCGAGGACGUGAACCCGCAGCAGGAGGUUCGGUACGGGCUGACGCUGACGCUGGCACCGGCCGACCCGGUGACGGUGCGCCUGCACGAAGCCCCUGCCACGGCGUAG